AUGCGGGCCGGGAGACGGCCAGGGCUGAUGGAGAACGAGGAGGAGGGGGAGGACGAUGAGGACGACGAUUCGGAGACGGAGGAGGAGGAGGAGGACAGCGAUGAGUCGGACACGUGGUGCGCGUACUGCUGCGAGCCGCCUCGGCUGCAGAGCAUCUGCGCCUUCUUCUUCGCGCUUAUGAUCUUCUCCGCGCUGCUCGUCGCGCUCUUCAGCGCCGCCGGCUUAAUAAACCGGCGCAGGGGGGACGCGCGGACCGCGCCGUUGCAGCAGUUCCAGAAGCUCCGCCCGUUCGGUAUCGGCGUGCAGGGGCAGGCGCAGGCGGUUGGUGCGGAGCAGCGCGCGGCGGAGCUGGGGAAAGCGGAGGGCGCGGACGAGGCGGGGGCGCAGAGGGGAGAGGGGGAAGCAGGGAGAUCCGCGCAAGCGAGCGCGGUAAUGGAGUCGCAACAGCAGGAGCAAGCGGAGGAGCAGCAGGUGCUGAUGCAGGAACAGCAGCAGCACGCGCAGGCGCAAGGCGCAGCAGCGGGUGAAGAACAAGCUGAGCGCGCGGAGGAGGCGCAGGCGCAAGGCGGGGCGCAGGAGUUCCGCGUAGAGGGCCUGGGAGAAAUGAGGGGCGCGGAAGGCGCAGACGGAGAGACAGGCGCAGGCGCAGAAGUAGGCGCGCGGGGGAGUGCGCGCGUGAGCGUGGUGCCGUCGUCGCUUCCUGUCGUUGACGUGUUCUCGAAGCUCGACCCUACGACCGCUCGCACCGUCGCCAAGCUGUCGCCUGCGACCAUCACGUGCGACAAGGCCGUUCCGCUCGCUGCUGCGAACGCGCCUGGCGGGGGGCAGCACAGAGCGGCGCGGCUGCCCAACUGCGAACCUCCGCCCUCCGAUACGCCAUGGCUCUGCCCCUCCGCUUCCGCCGCCACCUCCGCCUCCUCCUCCGGCGCCGCCGCCGCUGCUGCUGCCGCCGCUUCCGCUGGUAACCACCAUGUCAGCGGCGAUUCCGGUGAUGGUGGUGCGCAGGGUGCAGCAGCAGGCGGAGUAGGUGCAGGUGUAGGCGGUGGUAGGGGCGAUGGUGCAAGCCGGCUCAUUCCAGGAGGGAAGGGGCCGUCUCCCGAGCACAGCAGGGCAGCGGAGCAAUCCGGGUGGCCGUACCUGUUGAUGCAGGGGCGGCCGGCAGGGCUGGUGGCGCAGGAGCAGGCGCUGAUGCGCGCCGUGUGGGUGGCUAAGGCUGUUGGCGCUGUGCUUGUGCUGCCACCGCUGGUGACGCGGGCAGCGACCGGUGCUGUGGAGCAGCAGGUGGAGCCACAGGAACAGGGGCAGGGGCAGCAGGGGCAGCAAGGACAGCAGGGGCAGGCGGGACAGGAGGGGCAGCAGCAGGGGAGGGAGCAGGGAGUGAAGGAGACGGGGAUGGAGAGGCUGUUCAGCACUCACUUCUUCAUCACUCAUAUGUACUGCUCCUCAGGAAUCUGGGUGGUGCCACAGCUUCCAGGGAGCGUCUGGGACCGGCUGCCUACAGGGGUGUCAGGAGAUGACGUGGACGCUUUGCUGGCGCUGCCAGGUGGCAUCGCACAGCGCAUCCCAAGUGGCAUCGUGGCUGCCAGUGGGGAUGCUGAGAGUGCAGCACUGGCGGAGUGGUUGCAAUCCAUGGGCCGCAAGACCAAGAAGGGCGAGGUGCGGCUGCUGGUGUACAACUCUUCAGACCCCAUCUCCUUCACCACCUCCCAGCAACCGCAGCAGCAGCAGCAGCAGCAGCAGCAGCAGGGAAGGGUGAGGAAGAACGCACUGGCAGCACUGCGAGUGGUACCGCCCAUAGCAUCCGUGACCACUCAGCUGCUGCACCUCCUGCGCAAGGCCUACCAGGCCCGCUUCUCUGACCUCUCCCGCUUCCACUUUGCCGCCCUGCACUUGACGCUCGAGGCCCCACAACCCGAUGCAGCAGGAGGGUCAGCAGGAGCUGCUCUUGCUGCUGCAAGCCUGCAGGCGGCUCGUGAGGCGCUCUUGACUCUCCUGGACCCGUCCAGAACGCUCCUCUAUGUGAUAAUUGCCCCCGUGCCACACCGCACUGCCAUUCUCCGGGAGCUCGCAGAGUCGUACCAGGUGGUAACCAGAGAUGACCUCAUCAGUGACGUCAGCAGCCGGUUUCCCGAGGGGGAGGUGCAGACGGCGUUAGAGCAGGGGGUUGCGAAGGAGGCUGCGGUGUUCAUGGGUUCGUCCACAGAUGCGUUCUCGAGGUUUGUGUUUGAGCUGCGGUGCUUCACGCGCCCGCUGCUGGGCCGGUCGCAAUGA